AGGAGCCGCUAUUAGCGCUUCCGGUCCUACUCCACCGUGCUUGAGCGAAGGAAACGGGGGCACGGUAGGAGGAGUAAGAGACCGGAAACACCAGGAUUCCAGAGGGUACUGUAAUACCGGGAGAAGCAAUGAUAGGUGGAUAAGGUACUAAUAUCAAGGCGUAGAUAAGAUCUGUUUCGUGUGCUGACAAUAGGCUCUCCUUGGUUCCGUGGAGUUGCCACCGCCCCUGGUUGUAAAAAGACAUCACCUCUUUAAGUGUAGAUACUGCUCUUGGGAUUUUCUGCCUUGGGAAGUCCCCGAGGAAUUGUCUGCUAGUUGUGAGGUCUCAGUAGAUGUGGUCAGUUGGAGCAACGGUGACGCACAAUAGUCAAACAUAAAGCAGCCACAAAGGACACCGGUCAAUGCAUACAAUAAUACAGACUAAGGUAGUUAUCUCAGAGGACUUGUAGAAAAAUAGGACACUGACUGGUAAAUUAUUACUACAAGGGACACCAUUGACAAGGUGUCACAAGGAACGUUGGUCAGAGUGAGCAGGUGUACUACAAGAAUCACUGGCAUUUUAAUAACCACUGAAGAGGUCUCUCCAGUGAUAACAGCUUUAGAUUCUUGGAAUCCAACAAAUACUAUUAAAAUAAAUAAAUCAAGAGGAUUAAGAUCACUGGAGAGCAUUUGACUCAAACAAGUGCCCCCCUUCAGAAAAAAAGGACCCAAGACGGAUCUUACCAGAUGAAAUGGGAAAUCUUUGGCGUGGAGAGGCUGUGAGUUGAUCCCUUGGUCCUCUGCAGUGAUGUGAUCUGGUUGUCUGGCCCCUGAGGAUUCUCAGCUGGAUAUUUUGUGACACCAAUAAUUUUAUUGCCUGAAAUUGUUGGGAGCCCCUAGUGUCUGUGGGCAUCCCUUUUCAUCUGGCUCAUAUGGUAUAGGAAUAUGGACCAUAACAACAGGGAGAAGGAUGACAGGCCACGGCCAGCUAAGGCUUUACCAGUACGAACUGGUCACAGCUCAAGGCCUUCCAGCUCUACCACUUCCUCAGGGGUCCUUAUGGUGGGACCCAAUUUUAGGGUGGGAAAGAAGAUUGGCUGUGGGAACUUUGGUGAGCUAAGGCUAGGCAAGAACCUUUACACCAAUGAGUAUGUGGCAAUUAAACUGGAACCAAUCAAAUCUCGUGCUCCACAGCUUCACUUGGAAUAUAGGUUUUACAAGCAACUUGGCAGUACAGCUGAUGGUCUUCCUCAAGUAUUCUACUUUGGACCAUGUGGAAAAUACAAUGCCAUGGUACUGGAGCUUCUAGGCCCAAGUUUGGAAGAUUUGUUUGACCUCUGUGAUCGUACAUUUACCCUGAAGACUGUGUUGAUGAUAGCCAUUCAGCUGAUUUCACGGAUGGAAUAUGUACACUCCAAAAACCUAAUUUACCGAGAUGUCAAACCUGAGAACUUCCUAAUUGGUCGACAAGGGAAUAAGAAAGAACAUGUAAUACACAUCAUAGACUUUGGACUGGCUAAGGAGUACAUAGACCCAGAAACCAAAAAGCACAUACCUUAUCGGGAACACAAAAGCUUGACGGGGACAGCCAGAUACAUGUCCAUAAACACUCAUCUUGGGAAAGGCAGACACUUUAAAGGAGCGUUAUCAGAAGAUAGGGGACACCAAACGGAACACUCCUGUUGAGGUUCUUUGUGAAAACUUCCCAGAGGAGAUGGCUACAUAUCUGCGUUAUGUGAGAAGAUUGGAUUUCUUUGAAAAACCAGAUUAUGAUUAUCUACGGACACUUUUUUCUGAGCUCUUUGAACGAAAAGGAUACACAUAUGACUACAUUUAUGACUGGGUUGGCAGGCCAAUACCUACCCCGGUGGGAUCAGUCCAUGUAGAUUCUGGUACCUCAGCAAUAACCAGGGACAGCCAUGGCCAUAGAGAGCGGCCCUCGCAGACACAGCCUCUGAGAAACCAGGUGAUGAGUUCAACAAAUGGGCAGCUGAAUGCUGAUGACCAAACUGGAGGCCACUCCAAUGCACCGAUCACAGCGCAGGCCGAGGUGGAGGUUGUAGAGGAAGCUAAGUGCUGCUGCUUCUUUAAGAGGAAAAGGAAGAAUCAUUCUCAGCGUCACAAGUAAUCUCCCAGAAUCCUCUGGGAUUAAGUCCAUUUGAGCUUGGCAUCUGUAGUAUCGCACUAUCAGUGACUCCAGCACAUUGUGGUUACAGCUGCAGGUUCCACAUCAUUUGAAUCUAAAGGGAAAGCAGAAAAAAAUAAGAAACAAAUCACGGUUGAUCCUAGGCUGACCCACAGAUGAUUUCUAAGACAAGGUGCAAUAAGGAUCAAACCCUCUGAGUUGAAAAGCCCUAAGGGGAAGGGCAGUGCCUACAGCUCAGGGUAGGGCGUGAAAAGGACUGAACACUCCAAUUCUUUGUAGUAUUACCUGCAUUGGUUAUUGCACUCCCUCAUUGCUUGAAUGCCGCAAGACUCCUCCAUCCCCUUUAUAGCCAUGACUGGGGCUACACCUCAAAUUCCCCUUUGCAUCUCCCAGCCAGUCAUGGAGAAUGGAGGAAAAAGAAACUUGCUUUUUUUAAACGGUUUUUUUCUUACCUUUUCCCCUUUUUUCCCCCUUCCUCUUUCCUUUGAAAUAAAGCGUAGGAGAUUAAAGCAUUCCACGGUAGAUGGGCCGUUUCCUGCAUGGGUAAAUGCCUCAUGGAGUCUGUUGCACUACUGGCUUUAAACUAAAUAUACCUUUUAUAUGAAUUGUGUGCAUUCUCUUGCUCUGCCGCACGUAACCAGAGCAUCUGUUGCUCAUGUUAGUUGGGCUCAGGAUCUAUGAUGAAGCCCUGUGUCUCUCUGCUUAGCUUUAUGUAUACAGCAGACCCUACAGACAAACUGAGGAUUCAGUAUUUAGUGUUGCUGCUUCUGUGGGAGGGGUUAAGGAGUAGAAAAUCAAAGAGGACUAAAUACUACCGGAAUUCCUUUUAUGCUUGAAUUUCUACUGUAGAAUUUCUCACACUGUUACCCUUUUAAUAGGAUGCAGAAAAAAAUAUUGUAUUGUAGAAAAUUUAUUUCUUACACAAAAUAAGUGUUUUGUUUUUCAGUUACUGUGGAGGGUAACAUUCUAUAUUUUAUAAGAUACACUGAACUUCACUGCAUACAACUGUGAAUUUAUUUCCCUUGUUUUUAUGUAUUUUUGUUUUUAUUUUUUUUAAUAUCAUCAGUAAUAGGGCUGGCUUAAGGCUAUUUUGUGCAUUUUCAAACAUGACUCAAAUGUUUUUGUAUUCAUGUUUAGUUACGUAUACAAUUAUAUAAAUGCAACAAGAGAGUACAUGUUUUCAAAGACAUUGAAUGAAUGUCAGCCAAUCAGACCACAGAAUUCUUCCUCAUAGUGCGAUAAGUCAAAUCUCACACUUUAUGUACUUUUUACCCCAUUGGUGCACAAGUUUGUCUAUUUAACCAAAGCCAGCCUUUUCCUCUAACUUAUUAAACUCUUUAGAGGAAAUACAAAUAUAAAAUUGCAUUAAAUACACUGUACUGGUGUCCAAUUCCCUUCACAGAACAUUUUAGCUAUUGGAAUAGGUAAAUUCUGAUGCACUUAUGUGGAAAGGGUAGCAGCUUUAAUAUUAUCCCUACCACUACAGUGCUCUGUAUUUUCUUUUUGUGCAUAUGUCUUUUGUUAUACACUUCCAACGCUGGGAAAAAAAUGUUUGCAACAAGGAUAUGCCUCAUGAAGAUGCCUAUCUCUGGAUUUCCUGAUGAACCCAGGACUUAUAAAUCCUCCUUGUAUUUCCUUCACUCAUCCAUUCCACGUGGAUGGAUCACCCCUCAGGAAUCUUCCAACUUAUCUGCAAUGUACAGAGACCACUCUUUUUUUUGUAAUUUUUAUUUUUAAAGUAUAUUUAAUUUAGAGUAUUGCAUUGCACUGUAGCUAUAAGGGGAUUUUUUAAGCUAAUGAACAGUUUUCCUUUAAAAAGAUUUUAAUAAAUGUUUGGCUGUUUAAUGUUGA